CCGGGCGCCGAGAAUGUUUGCAUCUCGCAAAGUGUCAAGAUGUAUUUCUAUCCGUUCCUCGACGACGCGCUCUGACGACGCGAGUAAUUCGCGCGUGCGAAAAUUUCGCGAAGAAUCACGCAAUCGUGGUGGCUGCCGACAUUUGUACAUCCCAGCACAAGGCGCAAAUCACGAGAACGCGACCUUCGCCUCGCAAUGUUUUCGCUGUGAUAAUUCACGUUCGCGCUUCUUUGUCGCGCGUUGUACUAACUUUCGGCGCGUAGUGUUGAUUGUUGUUGCGAGCGAAAAUUGUGUAAAUUAUACAAAUAUAUUAUUUGAGGAUGGAACUAUCAUCAGAAAUAUUGGAAAGCUUGGUUAUGGAUAACAAGGAUGUCAUGGAGGUAUUAAAAGAAGAAAAUAUCACAGAAGAGGACAUCAUAUUUGAAUCUGAAGUGGCGGAAGAUUCAGAGGAAGCAGAAAUAGAAGAGAUUAUAGAAAUAAUUGAGGAAGUGGAAGAGUGUGACGAAACUCCAAGUGAUGAUGCAUCCUCAUCCAAGGAUAAUAAUAAAUCUAAGAAUGCGAAAGAUAGUGAAUUGGUUGAAAAGACAGGAAGAAAAGAGCAAGAAUCCAAGAAAAACAUUGAACUUUAUGGUUCUGAUGAGGAGAAUUUAGAAUUUUCUCCGCAGUCUGUAAAACAGCCAACCAAGAGUGCAAGUAAUAAUGUACAGAAGAUCACUAAAAAGCAAGUUAUAAACUACGAUGUAGAUGAAGAUUGGGAGGAUGAAGAAUUGGAACGUGCGGAUGAAUUAGAUAAGAAUUCCGAAAUAACGAACAAUCGCCCAAGCUCUUCUCAGAAUCAAGCUAAUAAAAGAUAUGUAAAUAAUCAAACUGUUUCGCUGCAAUCAAAUAAAUCAGAUUUAAGCAUUCAUGUGGAUUCCGUAGGAAGAUCAAAUAAGUCCCGCAUUGACAGUGGAAUUGGAAAUAAUGUUAAUAAUAUUGAAGAUAACAAUGAGACGCCACACGAAAUAGUAAAGAAUGUGGAGAACAAUCUAUUGUACACUGUACUUGGGACGAAAAAGCAAGACAACUCUGCAAAGCAACAACAAGAGAGACUCAACGAUGGAAGUUAUGUCAGAAUGGAACGACUCAACGAAAACACUAUACCAGUCGAAGGUACAAUCUAUUAUGAGGGCGACAACAUGGAGACACUUUAUGUGGCACAAGCUGUCGAUGACAAUGAGCAAUACCAGUACGACAAUGCCGCAAUGGAACAAGAUGAACAAAUGUCUUGGGAAGUUGUAAAUCCCGAGCCGGUUUCAAAUCAAGAGGAUGAUAGUUCUCAAGAUCAAAUAUUUUUACACGAGGACGAAGACGGUCAGUUAUACUUUAAGGAUGCAAAUGGUGUUUUGCAGCCGGUAUACAUGACUGACGAUGGAAAUUACGCGAUCGCCGAAAGUAGCGACGAUCAUAUCAGUAAAGAGAAAUCUCAGAACAGCAACGCCAUGGAGGAGGACGAGGAAUCUUUCAACUUGCCCGAUCUAGAUUCCAGAUCCGUUUCUAAUAAACAGGAUCUCGACAACGAGGACAAUACUGUAACGAUAUCCUUGAUAAUAUCGGAGGACGAAAACGGACAGAAGAGAACUCAGGUCAUCAUCCCGACGACGGACAAUUUGAAGUGUGACAUCUGUAACAAGAGCUUCAAAACAUCUUUCCAAUUGCUCAGGCAUAAUAGACUGAAGCACGCGCGCGAGGAAGAUAUAACCACGAGAAACUUUCCUUGCGACUUGUGCCCUAAAAGGUAUCCAGAUCAGACUUCGCUGGCUCGCCACAGGAAGACGCAUACCGGCGAUCGGCCGUUUCAGUGCUUGGAAUGUCACAAAAACUUCCCCACGUCUACGGCGCUACGUCGCCACUUGACGCAGCACAAUUCACAAUCGCGACCGCUUCCGUGCAUCUAUUGCGGCCGACGGUUCAUGGAUAAGGCUAGUCUGAAAGUGCACGAAGAGUCGCAUAUGCCUAACGAACAGCGGAAGUACGUGUGCGAUAUAUGUCACAAGACUUUUACUCACAUAACCGACCUCAGUAUGCACAAGAAGUAUCACGAUCCCGAGAAGAAAUUUGAUUGCGAAGUGUGCGGCCGCGAAUUCAACAGAUUGAACAACCUGCAAAGACACAUGAUGGUCCACCAACAACAACAGGGAGGCACCGAGGAGAUACUUUCCUGCGACGUUUGCGGAAUCACAUACAAAUUCAUGAGUUCGUUGACAAGGCACAUGGUUACCACGCACAUGAACCCGGAGAAACUGCGGCAGCAGGCGGAGGAGCAGCGAAGGAAACGCGAGAAUAAUUAUCGGAAGUAUCUAGAAAACAGAAAGAUGUACGAAACUCAGCAUUCGCCUUAUACUACAAGGCGUAGCUAUCAUCGUAACAACGAUGAAACGGCCUGACUUGCACCAUCUCGUAGUUUCCUGAUAGUUCCGUAAAGUGCAGCCGUAAGAUUUCUUAAUUUCUAUGUGUAAGUUUGGCGGUAAUAUACAGACGACAACAAGGAUAGCGCUUGAAUGGCGACAUCUUUACAUCGUUAAUUGGCAUAACAAUACAGAUAUGUGCAUUUAAUUUAACGAAUAUAUCAAUACUGUAUUAAUUAGGAGAUAUGAAAUAUAUAGAUGUCUUGA